AUGAUGGGCAGAUCUUCCCUUAUUGAGCAUUCGAUGUCUAGAAGGAAUUUUGAGGAUCUUGGCAACCACGUUACUGAGCCAGAAACUCGUGUGACUCAAGAGCACCUCCAGGGAACCGUUGUGGUCAGGGCCGUGUACGGAGUCCUCAAAAAUUGCCCCACGGUGGCUUGGAAAAAGAAAGCCAAGCGUCUGUUGUCAGAAUGGAAAGCUGUCUAUAAGGACUCCGCUUCAACGGACAGCCCGAAAUCAUUCCCUACGGGCGGAAAUGAAGAAAAGCCAGGACUUUCUCAUGACCCAAGUCGGGGUGAGGUACGGGGUGGCUCCGGUUCUCAUUCAUCAUGCCACGAUGUUGCAGAAGCCAUUGAAAUGAUUGCGCCUGAAAACAGCACUAGUCCAGUGGAACCUGAGAAAAAGCAUUUCACGGGCGGUGCCCCUCAAUCCGCUGAUGAGCAGUCCAGUGAGUUGCCGGAUCCCACAGUACCUGUGAGAGCUAAAGGCACAGAGCUUUAUGAAGCUUUAACGAGUUCUUCCAUGGACCAGCAGCCCAAAGCCGACAUGUGGCACAACUUCGCAAGAGACAUUCUUACUCUCUAUUUAAAGAACCUCAAAAAAUACAAAACUUGUGUUAGAAGCAAAGUCGCCAAUCUGAAGAACCCCCCCCCCCAAAAUUCUCACUUACAACAAAGCUCGCUCUCUGGGACCAUGUCGCCGAGAGAAUUUGCCGAAACGACUGUCCUGGAAAUGGCACACGAGGGCCAGCAGUUGAGAGCCGCAUACACGGAAUCUCGCAUCCAGGAACACCACUUUCCCCGAGUGGUGGGGGGCACACACAAAAUAAAAUGCGGAAGCUGUGAGAAGUUCAGUUGCAAGGUCACCGUAGUCACCAGAGGAGCACUUUUCCUUCCAGGCUGGGUGCGGAACUCAAAUCCAGACGAAGACACGAUGACCUGUGUGAUCUGUAACGCGUGUGGGGAGCAGUGGUACCACAGCAGGUGGGUGUGCCUGUAAUUGCAAAUAAAUGUUCUCUUCACAAAGA